UGGCCCCGCCCUCCGCGGACGCUUGGCGCGAAACCGGAGCGGAUCUGACGUUUUUACGGGAGGCGGCGCUUGGCUGAAGGACGUUGUCCUGGGCGACCAUCCCGCGGCCUUCACGUAGAGGCUCAUAGGCAAAGAUCAGUGUCCGAUCAAUAUCUUUGAAUUCUGGACUGCAAAUAAUUAAUUGACGAUGGAACCUUCAGAAAGAGUUAGAGAUCUCUGGUAUCAGAUGAAUCCCGUUUUGGCUCUGAAUAAGGUGGAGAGGAAACCUUCAAAGCGACUAAAGUGUGAGCAGACUGCUAUUGAGUCUCAUUUAACAGGAAGGACAGUCAAAUGGAUUGUAAGAGAAGCUUUAUGUAAGGAAAGAACGCUACACGGUGAUCGACUGCCACUGAAGUUACUAUGAUCCAAUAGUAUAUAACCAUUGUCACCAUGCAAAGCUUCAAAGACCUAGGCAAGCCCAGAAGACCAACCAUUUUCUGUGAAUUCAGAUUUGACCAAGUGUUGCAAUGAAGAUUUCCAUACUCCGGUUUAUCCUUCACCUCAAAUAAAAAAGGAGAGACAAGGAACACUACAUUUAUUUUUCCAGAUGCCACUUUCCAAAAGUCCAGGCAGUGCGGACUUGUCAUCCUAUGCUACCAGUCCUGUCAUUAUAAUUGCAAACAGACCAGAGAUUCCAGUUACUGCAUUUACUGCUAGUCCAGUCAAGACCUCUCCAAUCAGAUCAGGAAGUCCAGGCAUGACAUCUUCUGCUACUACACCAAGUAGUCCCAUUUUGUCAUCAUCAGCUACCAGACCACACACUCCAGUGUUGACCAGUGGUAGUCCGUGUGUAAAUGUAGUUUUCCCAACUGAUGAUCCUUUGUCUCGUCUCCAGAAUACGGGAAUGAUGAACCACCUUGUUCCAUUCAUGAAGGGACUUCUUUGACAUCUCCCUCUGCAGAAGCUGCACUGACAUCAAAGUCGUUGCCACAGACACCCAACCAUCCGACAAACCUUUCUUCUUUGCCAAUACAGCGUUUGAGAAAUAGAUCUCUUAAGUUUCAGGCAAAGUGGUUUAAAGAGUUUCCAUGGCUCCAUUUUGAACCAAAUGUGGAUGGUGUAUUGUGCCAUACCUGUGUAGUAGCAGCAGAACUGGACUUAUUGAAAAUGUCAAAGUACAAGGAGCAGACGUUUAUCUCGAGAGGUUUUAAGAACUGGAAAAAGGGCAUUGAAAAAUUCACAGUUCAUCAAAAGUCUAUAUGCCACAAUAUUGCCAGUGCAAACUUGUUUCCCAGCAACGAGCCAUGUGACGUUAAUGCCCAGCUGGGCGAACGAUUAAGCCAAGGACAGAUAGUGGCCCAGAAAUCCCUAGUGCAGAUAAUUGAAGCGCUGCAGUAUCUGACCCAGCAAGGUCUGCCGUUACGUGGGAACGAUGACGGUGAAGGCAACUUUACAGCAUUGCUUAACCUCUUCUCAUCUCGUGACGGGGACUUUAAGACAUGGCUGCAGAAGAAAACAAACUAUACUUCUGGACUGUGCCAAAAUGAGAUCCUCCAACUUCUAAGUCACCAUAUACUCAGAAGCAUUUGUAAAGACGUUCAGUCGACGCCAUUUUUCGGUGUUAUUGUUGAUGGGACUCGGGACUGUACAGGCACCGAGCAAAAGUCGAUCUGCAUUCGCUUUAUGGAUGAAGUGUUUGACAUUAAGGAUGAGUUUGUGGGACUGUACCAGAUGAACUCCACGACCGGAGCAGACCUGGCGAGGAUGAUCGUCGACGUGCUCACAAGGUUGCAGCUGCCAAUCGACAACUUGCGGGCCCAGGCUUACUGCGGGGCGGGAAACAUAUCCGGAUGCCAGGCGGAAAUUAAGAAAAUCCAGCCGUUAGCCACAGACCUGGUGGAACAAAAGCAACUCUCCUCGAUGCUUCUAAAGGGCGAUUAUCAUCAGGAUUUGGUAGACAGGUUUCCUGAACUUGAGACACUUCACUCAGAACUUACAUUUUUCAGGACGCGGUUUCCACGGGCAACUAUUGAGGAGUACAGGCAGGUUUUCAAAGGGAUGUGUCCAGAGGUACGACAGAUCUUCCCUCGAGUUGAGGCACUGUUAAGACUGGUUCUGAUAUCUCCAGCCAGUCCAUGCGAGGCGGAACGAUCGUUCAGCACACUGCGCGGCAUUAAAACGUGGCUUCGCACCACCAUGUCUCAGGAGAGGCUGAACCAUCUCAUGAUCUGCAGUGUGCACAAGGAGCGGCUAUCAACAGUGGAUUCUCGCAUCAUAGCUGAGGAAUUUGUCAGCAAUAAUGAAGAUACCAGGCGGCGUGUGUUUGGAAAGUUUCACUUGGAAUAGGUGGUUGUCAGUGAAUGGAAUACAUCAUGGUUACAUAUUGGGUAGAACUUUCAAAGUGUUGUUAAAUACAAGAAUCAAAAGGGUUUAUUGUCAGUACAGCCAUACUCACAGUGCAAUGAGAUAGCGUUUCCCUAGAACCUCGGUUGUACAUAGGACACAAUUGGACAACAUGCUACAUAUAAAGAUACUACGCUAUGCACAUGGUUGCAUAGUCUGGCUGUGAGAGACGUAUGCUUUGGUACCUUCUGCCAGAUGGGAGGGGGGAGAAAUAUUUAUGUGAGGGGUGGAUGAGGUCCUCCGCAAUGCCGGCUGACCUUACUACUCGCUGCAGGUUCCUGCGGUCCAUGCUGGUGCAGUUUCCAAACCAGGCAGUGAUGCAGCUACUCGGGAUGCUCUCUAUAGACCCUCUGUAGAAUGUGGUGAGGAUGGGGGGGGCGGGAGGUGGGCUUUCCUCGCGAAGUGGAGACACUGCUGGGCUUUCUUCACAGUGAUUCUUGUGAAUCAAACUUUCAUUGCAGACCUCUUUUUUUUUCAAAUUUCCAACAUUGGGUGGAUCAUCCACUAAAAGCGUUCAGCCCAGACAGAGUACCUGGCUGAGUGCUGAAGACCUGUGCGAACCAACUGGCUAGAGUGAUCAAGGACAUCUUCAAUCUCUCACUUUUGUGGUUUGAGGUUCUCACCUGCUUCAAAAUGGGCAUCUAUUGCCCAAGAAGAGUGUGGUAACUUGCCUCAAUGACGGCUACCUGGAGGCAUUUACCAUAACAGCAGAACAUGUUAUUAUACUACUGUAGUGUGUAAUAUCUUGGAACAGUGUUAAGGAACUGAACACCUUCUUCAAAAAUAACGUCUCUCUAGGCUGGAUGAGAAGAACUUUUUUCACACAGAGAGUGGUGAAUCUCUGGAACUCUCUGCCACUGAGGGUAGUCGAGGCCAGUUCAUUGGCUAUAUUUACGAGGAAGUUAGAUGUGGCCCUUGUGGCUAAGGGGGAUCAGAGGGUACGGGAUACUGAGUUGGAUGAUCAGCCAUGAUCAUAUUGAAUGGCGGUGCAGGCUCGAAGGGCCGAAUG